AUGAAGGAUUGGCUCUCUCCUCUGAACAUGGAAGAGAUCAGGACUAAGUGCCGUGAGCUGAACAUAACACUUAGCAGUGCGGCAUGCAGGAAUCGUUUGAAGUUAGUGGACUAUUUGCGAUGCCUCGAAGUUGACAAAAAGACGGAGCUUGAGUUACUGAGAGAGAGGAAACUCUCUAGAAACGACAUGGAUAAGCGAAAACAGACAGAGACGGCUGUUGGAGGGGGCAGCACAGAGGCAAAAUUAGGCAACGAACGAUACCCGACACCCAGUGCAACUCACAAUACAGCCAACAUGAUGUUGACACCCAUGAAUAAGCGAAAACGAACCGAGUCAUCUGUUGGAGGAAGUGGUACAAAGAAGACAAAAUUAGGUGAUGAACGAUAUCCGACACCCAGCGCGACUCCCAACACAGCCGAAGUAGUGUCAGUGCCCUUGUUCAUGCAACUUCCUAGUGCAAAGGAGAUUCGUGACCAUCGCAUCGAGUUCCUGGAUGCACUUUCAUCUGAUGCUGUCGCUGAAGUUAAUCCUCACCCUGCACAUGUACUUAUCGAUGGGAUGCUACUGGACCCCGAAGGAAUUUUGGAUGAUACUGGUAGCGAAGGAACACAUGCAUACCUCUGCAGCGAGUGCCUUCAGCAUUUGUCGUCAAACAAACUUCCCCCCUUCACGCUGUCGAACAAAAUGUGGAUUGGACCAGUUCCUGAAGUCUUGAGUAGACUUACGGUGCCAGAACAACUCCUGAUCGCACCGGUUUACCCACGAUGCUUCAUUUAUAAGCUCCAUCCUAAGGCUGGUUCUACUGGGGAUCCAACGCAUGAGCAGUCUGGUUUACGAUGGAACGUUACCAGAUUCCCGAUGAACACUGACGAUGUCAUUGAGAUGCUGAAAGGGGCAAAAAUGCCAUGGCCAGCAUCAAUUCUCGCGUCGGUUCUCGCCAUAACCUAUGUCGGGGUUGGACAACUUCCUGCAAAUUGGCUCAAGUCGACAUUCCGAGUUCGACGUCGAGUGGUUCUGGAGGCACUCACCUGGUUGGUUCAAAACAACAAGUUGUUUUCAGACUAUGUUAUCGACGAACAGAUCCUUGGGAGCUUACCCGAGGAUGAUGUACCAGUGGAGAUCAUUGCAUCCAUCCGUCAAGAAACCGCAGCAGAUAUUCUCGGCAGGGAGCAUGAUUCAUAUGUUCCUGGUCCAUAUACCAGUGAUGAUGAGAAUGAUAUGGACGAGGGUGUGAAUGAGACUCAACAUGAUAAUGGUGACGUGGUCUCAAUCCAGCAACUAGGAAGUAUGGAAACCGACAUCUCCACCACUUCAGCCUCCGAACUGCUCAUGUAUGGGCUUUUGAAUCUAGGGCAAGAGCCAGGAUAUGCAGUUUGA